AUGGGUAUUUUGCAUAAGUAUUAUCUUGAGGGUGAUGAUAUUUACGAAUGCAUAGACUGUGGCAGUCACUUAACCACUUCCAAGGAGCUCAUUUCCACUAGUUUCCGUGGCAGAACCGGUGUUGCUUGGCUUUUUACCAGGGUUGUUAAUGUUUCUGAGGGCCCCUUCGAGGAGCGCAUGAUGACUACUGGACAACACACGAUAGUUGACAUCUACUGCAAUGAGUGCGGCGCCAACUUGGGCUGGAAAUACGAGGAGGCUACUGAGGAGUCUCAGAAAUACAAGAAGGGCAAAUUUAUUCUCGAGAAGGCGCUCUUAAAGAACAACAAUCCUAACUACUCCAGCAGCAUUGACGAGGACAACGAUGUCAGCGACGACUGA